UACUACAUUAUUUACCACGAUAAGUGUUUCUCGGUUAUGAAAUCACUUUUCUAUGUUAAAUAAUAAACUGACAGAAAGGGUAAUUUUAUAAUGAUUAAUCUGAUUUUACAGUGGGAAAAUAUUGUAUAGGUCGCUAUAUGAAUUUCUGCCUUCGUCGAAGUUAUCAUAUGUAAUGAUGAAGUGGUACAUAGCAAUCUUUCAAUGAGUGACUGUUGCUCCAGCCAUGGCCACUAGUGAUGGUGAUGGUGCCACAGGCACUGAUAACAAUGAUGCUGAUGUUGCUGCUGUCAGCUGUGAUGCUAGCACUGAGCUGUCAGCAGCACAGAGGGCCAGGAUAGAGCGAAACCGUCAGAAGGCUUUACUUUUGCGCCAGGCAAGAGUACAGGCACAUCCAUAUGCUUGUGAUGCCUUGGGAAACAGGGUGAAGGGUCCUCCUAAGGAGAUAGACACUGGGGCAGGGUUCUUCUUGGAAGAGGAGGAAAUCAAGAAGAGCAAACAGAUCAACAUUGUUCAUGAUGAUCCUGUGCUGGACUUUGACAACAGUCUGUUCUGCAGCGCAUGUGACAAGGAGUUUAUGGACAGCUUCUGCUAUGCUAAGUUUGGAGAAGAAAUCUGUGACAAAUGUGGCAAAGAGGAGGACAAGUUCCCACUGAUCACACGGACAGAGGCCAAGAACCGGUUCCUGCUCAAGGAUGUUGACCUGGACAAGCGGGAACCAGAACUGAGGUUCAUACUAAAAAAGAACCCGCAUAACCAGAGAUGGGGUGACAUGAAGCUCUACCUUGAAUGUCAGGUAAAGCGUCGGGCACUGGAGGUGUGGGGAGGGGAGGACCAAAUAGAGGAGGCAAGGCAGCAGAGAGUAGACAACAAGGAGAAGGCCAAACAGAAGAAGUUUGAUAAGAAAGUGAAAGAUUUGCGACAUGCCGUUCGUAGCAGCCUUCUGAGGAAGGACAAGGAGGUACAUGAACACCAGUUUGGACCUGAACAAUAUGACGAGGAGGAAGACGAAUACUCCAAAACGUGCACAACAUGCAAAUAUGUGAUGACUUAUGAGAAAAUGUGAAACAAACAGUUUUGUAAAAACAGCAACUGAUUACGUGGUAGACAUUGAGUUUCAACUAGCUGUUGAUUUAAAGAGAGUAAAUAUGCGAUCCUACUUUAAAAAGUAAUUACAGAUAACAGGUUGGUGAAUAAAAAAUGGGAAUAAAAGUUUUCAAUUAGUGUUACAAAAAUAUCACAGAAAUAAAAAUGACACAAUUACAAAUAAUGUAACUAUUUAAAUUUAAAGAAUCAAGUACACUUUUAAGAUCACACAUUUUUUCUUUAGGAACUAAUUCGAGUGAACUUGUCUGUGUUGGCUUUACAUGAAGUAUUAUGAGUUUCAUUAAAGUAAACACAAUUCCGUUUAAUGUCUGAACAAGUCCUUUAAGCGAUUUGCCAAACCCUCUGUAUGCAAACAUUGUGACAACUGGGCUAUGGAGACCUGUCUAUACAAUAUGAAGAUUCUCAAUAGGUUAAAAUCAUAUUGUGUUUCUGGAAAGAUUCACAGCAUUUUUAUUUUUCUUGUAGUGUUGAAACUGGAAAACGGUGCAAGCUAGGUAGAACAUUUUCUUCAUUGACGGACAAAUAUUUAUUACUACCGAUAGUUCUUUUGAAAAAGUAUUUAAAUAUUGUUUUCAUGAAAUUAUAAUGAAAUACCAAGUUCUGAUGUUAUGUUAUCAAAUGUUAAAAUUUAAAUAGGAUGUUUUCCUUUUAGGUAAUUGGUAAUGAAAUAUUUCUGCAGGUUUACUCAUAUUGUAAUUUGUUUUUAUUUAAUGAAGUGUCAUGGAAAAAAAAGGGCCCUACACCAUUUUAGCUCCCAACCAGCCUGUACAUUUGCCAUGUCUGGUCUGGAGCGAUUCCUGUCCACUACAAAGUCACGAGAGGUUUCUUGAUCUUAAGAGAAUGCGCACGUUGCCUCGAGUUAUGCUGGCUGUAUAUAGCAUAAGACCCAUUUUUGCACAGCACAGUUCAAUUGUAUAACUUGUGGUUUGGUUUUUGUUGGAAAUGCUGACUUUGGACACAUUUACUAGAGCAAACUAUAUUAUUGUUUCUCAGGUCAGAAUUAUGAACUGCCAGAUUAGUUGUGCUAAAAGGAUUUCAUCUUUUUAUAGGAUUGUUUUGCAGUACUGAUUAUAAAAGUAAUAGGGAUUUAGCCAUACUUAAGAUAUGCAACAAGUGCCCAAAAGGGGCAGAUCAACUGUUGUGAAAAAUCACUUUAUGGUAAAACUUCAUAUUUUUAGUGACAAAAAUAUGCUGUUUCCCCUAAAGUACUUAUAUUCAAGCAUCCAUUCAGCGCACAUUCCUUGUGGUAUGGUUUUUUGAAGCAAUAAUUUGAUGCUUAUACUGUACGUUACUCUAUUAGACUUUCAAUAGCCAAUAAAACACAUAGAGUUUGUAUUCUAGAGAAUAUUAACACAUGACAGAGACAAAAAACAAUUAUAUAUUGUGUGGCGUUCAGAGAAAACUGGGCAUAAUGCAUGUGCGUAAAGUGUCGUCCCAGAUUAGCCUGUGCAGUCUGAACAGGCUAAUCAGGGACGACACUUUCCGCUUUUAUGGUAUUUUUAUGCCCCCAGAACAUAGGUUCUGGGGGCAUAUUAAAAUCGCACCGUCCGUCAGUUUGUCCGUCCAGAUUAGUUUCCGCUCAAUAAGUCAAGCAAUUGUCAUCAGAUCUUCACCAAACUUCAUGAAUAUGUGUUAGGCUAUAAGAUCUAGGUCAAGUUGGAUAAUGGGCUAAUUUGACUUAGACACUCCUGAGUAACGGCCCUUGAAUUAUCGUUAAAAAAAAAAAUUCUCGUUUCCGCUCAAUAACUCGAGCAAAUGUCAUAGGAUCUUCACCAAACUUCAUGAAAAUGUGUAAGGUCAUAAGAUAUAGGUCAAGUUUGAUAAUCAGCGAAAUUGACCAUGACAAUCCUGAGUAACGGCCCUUGAAUGAUUGAAAAUUUGAGUUUUUUCUCGUUUCCGCUCAAUAACUCAAGCAAUUGUCAUCGGAUCUUCACCAAACUUCAUUAAAAUUAGAAAGGCAAUACAAUCUAGGUUAAGUUAGAUAUUCGGCCAAAUUGACCUAGACACUCCUGAGUUACGGCCCUUGAAUCAUCGAAAAAUUUAGUUUGUUCUCGUUUCCGCUCAAUAACUCGAGCAAUUGUCAUCGGAUCUUCACCAAACUUCAUAAAAAUGUAAGGCAAUACAAUCUAGGAUAAGUUUGAUAAUCAGCCAAAUUUACCCAGGCACUUCUGAGUUAUGGCUCUUGAAUCAUCAAAAAAUUGUGUUUCCGCUCGAAAAAUGCUCAUAACUUAUAUGUCGCUUCAGAUGUAAAUUUCAUAUUUUGUAUGCAUGUGUAUGUGGACAAGGCCUUUCAUUACGCACAAAAAUUUUGACCCCUUUGACCUUAAACUUAGGGUCCGCGUUUAGGUUUCAAAAUCUGCAUUUAGGUUUCAAAAAAGCUUUUUUUGGGGGCAUAUGUCUUCCGAUGGAGACAGCUCUUGUUAGUUUCAAGGAAGUUCCUUCUUACUGCAAAUCAAGUUUAGGCGGAAAGUGUCGUCCCUGAUUAGCCUGUGCGGACUGACACUUUACGCACAUGCAUUAGGCCCUGUGCGGACUGACACUUUACGCACAUGCAUUAAGCCCUGUGUGGACUGACACUUUACGCACAUGCAUUAAGCCCUGUGCGGACUGACACUUUAUGCACAUGCAUUAAGCCCUGUGCGGACUGACACUUUACGCACAUGCAUUAAGCCCUGUGCGGACUGACACUUUACGCACAUGCAUUAAGCCCUGUGUGGACUGACACUUUACGCACAUGCAUUAAGCCCUGUGCGGACUGACACUUUACGCACAUGAAUUAAGCCCAGUUUUGUCAGAAUAAGGCUCUAUUUAUUUUGAAAGGCCGGGACAUAAAAAUGGAUGUGGGCCAUAUUUUAAAAAGAAUGAGGCAUUAAAUGGAAGGUGCUUCCCAUUCCUUGCGGCCAAUCUGCUAAAGCUAUAUAGGUACUUAAUUUGCAAUUAGCAGAAUUUAUUGUAGUCUGAAGGUGAUCCGGUUUUAUUUUAAUUGCAUUAGUGCUAUUUUACUGGUUUAUACAACUAAAUAUGUAUAACAUAAUUAUAAAAUGCAAAUGUAAUAUAAAGUUGAAAUUUGUUGUAGUUUUUAUUUUGGUGUCAGAACUGUUCAUGCAUUUGUUUUAUGAUUGUUGAAUAAAGUUGGUGUAGUUAUUCAUAAAUUAAUUGUGCAUACCAACCUGAUUUUGGUUCUCUAUUUUGAUUUUUCUAUAUAUUCAUCAUGAUGCUAGCUGAUUUAAGCUAGCAUGAUUGAAAAUGCUUGACAUUAUUGCAAACCAUUUCAAAAGAAAAUAAAGAAAACAUAAUAACCUU